AUGGACAGCGUGGAAUGCGUUCUAUGUCACUUCACCCAAGCCUCGCCUACAUCUCUCCCCCACCUCCAGAUUCUCAGAUACAAUGCUAUCGACAAUCCACAGUCAAUCAGCACAGACGCUGGUCUGUCGCCCGAGGAUACAGUGGCCACGAUUACAAGAAUAACGGCCGAGGCCAUUGUGAAUGCAUACUACAGCUGGGGCCCAAAGGACAAAGAAGACAAGCUUGAUUUAGAAGAGGUCUACAUGUGCGGUGGCGAAGCUUUCUACCCUAAUACCUGGGACUACGUGCAGCAGGAGCUCGGCCCUAACGUGCGAAUGACCAUGCUGGACGAGUCAGGCGUUGGCGGAGAAGCGAAAGAGGAUAUUACAUUCGCCUUCCAAGCUACGGAUGCGGUGCUGGGCAGGCCAUUGGUGGUGCCGCAAAGGGUCGAGAGAAAACCAUCGACUAUCGUGGGGAAAGUCUCUCCAGGAAGGAAUUACAUGGAGCUGACGAGGACCAGUAUGGCCUUUGGAGGGAAUUUUGAGGGCGAUUGUCUGCCGCCUGUCAAGGAGAUGGUACUUGAACGAUGGGAGGGCAAUCGUGCACACAAGUAG